GCGUCUUUUCGCGUCACACUGAAAUUUCUGUGCAUUACUUCUGAUAAGAUAGCUUCUGCUUGAGCUUAGCUCCAAGUGUUAAACCUAUCUCCCAUUCUUACACACUGCCAUGGAUUACACUUAUUUGGAGAGAGUAGCGGUAGGACUCUAUCCCUACGUGAUCGGCGAGCUCUGCCAGGACUAUAACCCUGCCGCGUUUUCCACCAAGAUGUACGGUGACAUGUCUUUUGGUCAGCUCGACACCUGGCGCUACGAAACGCUCCCGCAGCUCGUCGCUGACCGCUUCAAAUCGGAACGGUGCCACAUCAACAGAAAAGAAUUGAUAAUGCUCAUGGACUGGAAACUGUAUGUAACGCUGGGGAUUACCGGGGAGAACUAACACGCGCAGCGCCAAGGGCAAGUUCAGACCAAUGUUGCCCAAACUUAUUGCCUCUAACGACGAAUCUAGUGUUGUCAACGUUACUACUGAUGCCUUUACCAAGUUUUUUGCCAACUGCGAUCUGGUCCAGGACGGUUUGGACCUGUAUCUCACAGCUCUCAAGGAGCCUCUAGAUGAAUUGUGCAAGUUGAAAGGGGUGGGACCAGCGACGGCCACAUUAGUCUUGUCCUUGAUGUACAAAGUACCGAAAUACGCGAAAUAUGCACCGCCGUUUUUCUCCGAUGAGAUGUAUGCCUAUUUCUUGGGCACUGAUGAGAAGAUGAAAUACAGUUUGAAAGAAUACCGCGCGUUAAUCACGGAGGUGUUUCCAAUCUACGCGACGUUCCCGAUGGGAAUCAUUGAAAAAGGCAGCUGGACGUUGGAGGUGGUGAGAACUAUGAAGAUCAAGGGCAAGCUGGCAAUGAAGUUGAAAGGUGCCUUUCCGGUGGAGGUCAGCGACGGAAUGUAUUGGCAAAGCGUAAAGGGAAAGAAGCGUCUGGUGAAAGGGGAAGAGGAGAAUCGGGCCACCAAGAAGAGAAGAUUAUGAGAUAUAGGAGUAGAAUAGCUGGAGGUAUAUUGAUUAGGUCUUCCGGAAAUUGACUAUGGAAAGAUUUUACGGAGAACGGCAAGGACAAGAUUUUCUGGAGGUUGGAGGUGUUACAAGGAUUUAGGGAAUGUUCACAGUCGAAGUCUAUGGGAAAAAUUGAAAUACUCAACAUUCCUGGAGGGCUACUUUCAACUAUCUGUACCUUGAGUUAAACUUCAGGAAUGGGCUUGGAGUUACAAAAUAAUAGAUGCGCCAUACUGUUUGGCGCCUUUUACUAACAUUUAAGAUUCACAUCUUUGUCGAAAUGUAAGCACGGG